AUGUCUAAUCUCAGAGGCCGCCCUUCCAAGUGUCCAAAGCUUAUUCGACACAGAGGUCAUAGUGCCUCCGCUGAGCUUCAUAUGCGCCAUCUCAGCUUUGCCCUAAGAUCCGAUGGUGGAUUCGGCCUCCGAACAUCUUAUCUUCCUGCUCCAGCACCUGCCGUAGAACCUGCAGAAGCACCAUCUCACGUAUCCGCUGAAAUUGACCCAUGGAACGAGAUGGAGCACAGUGCUAUAUUUUCUCCAGAAGACCUUCAGCCAGCACUUAUCUUAACCGUAAAUUUGCAGGAUGACCCAAUCCUCCUUUGGCUAAAUGAACGUGAAACUUACUUGAACGAGCUUCUAUACCUGGAGGGUCGGGGAAAAAUGACCAUGAAGCAUGUUCUUGUGGGAAACCUUCGCCCUCUUUCAGAUGUCAAGAGUGCUUUUCAAUGGAGCUAUUUUGCCAUGAGUCACAAGCCAGGGGAAUCUUGUCAUCGCCCACACCCUGCCUAUGACAAUGAUUUCGUUAUCAUCGACGUUCACGGUAUACAUGAAGUCAGCCUUGACUUCUGUAACUGCGAGCACGAAGCCCCGCAUUUCAAGCAGCUCCUUCAUGCCCGGCUUUUUCCUGCAAUGGUUAUGGAUCCUCGAACGGCUGUGACUUUUAGCGUGCUGGAUCUCUUCCACUUGUUAUCUUUUGAGUCCAAGGUCUCUGCAUAUGAAUUCUAUCACAGCCUUGCACAGAGGAUGGAUAAUACUGGCAUACGGCCAAUUCGAGAUCGAUAUUCUGUCUUUCUAACAAUCAUGCGCGAAUGGAGGAACCUCAAUGCACUCAAGCAUGCUGGCCGUGGGCACAACCCUGCUGGUGUGGACGCUACUCAAGAGGGAGAACUCGCUGUUUUAUGUCCUGCGUGUCCCCACCCAGGCAUAAACUUGCCCCCAAAUUGGGAAACUUCAGAUCGGCACGCCGGCUUGUCUCCUCCAAUGCCAAAGAUCCAGGGCUCACACGUGGUUGGGGUUAUUUUGUUGAAGAACUGCCAGUACAAGACUUACUUGGCUGAGAACUCAGGCGCUGUUCAAGAGAAAAGCACUUGCGUUAGUCACAACACUGUCAACAUGGCUGAUACCAAGGCUUUGAAGGGUCUGGCUGCAACUGGUGUCGGAACAAUUGAUUGUGCCCGACAUGAUAUGAAAUUGCCCAAUGGUGUGGGUGAUCUUCAAAAGGGUGAAAAAUACCUGAAUAUGGACUAUAUUGUAUUUUCAGCUCUCGCCAGGUUCCCUCAUCUCACUAAUGUCAAUCUAUCGUACAAUAUCGCCUGCCAGUGGCACAAGAAGCUUCAGGGCUGCAUUCCUGGACUACCCAUCAGGCUCCAACCUGGUGAACAGCGGGACCUGCUCUCAGAGAUAUCCAGCACAUCUGCGAAAAAGAUGUUCAACUUCUUCGUGCCUAAAUUUCAUCUUGCAGCUCACAUCGAGGCUUCACCUGAACAUGGAUGGGCCAAUAUCAACCGUGUGGCUACAAGUACCAAGGAGAUGGGCCCUGGCUCCUGCCAUGAGAUUUUGGAUGACUUCUUUGGAGAUUCAAACUGGAAAAAGAUUACUGCACUAGGCAGAAUCAUGUCGAAUAAACUUAAGGAAGCGGUCAAGGCAACACAAGAACACAAGCUUGCAUUCGAAGAGCUUGAGAAUUCUAUUACAGAGUCUGACUUGGGUGUCUCAUCACUAGCAACAUGGAAAGCUGAGAUAGAGGCUUGGGAGACCGACCACACUAAGCCAAAUCCUUUUGAACACCGAGUCGACACUAUGACACUUGCAGCUGUACACCUCGAACUCGCGCAACGAGAUGCCAGGGAGUUAGAAGAAGGGACCACAAUUUCCCUUCAUGCAGAGUUAUCUUGUAGCAUGCUUAUUAGUACAGGUAUCAAUCUCGAACAUGCGCAGUGUUGUUUGUUCACUGGUGUACUGCAGUGCCGCAUCGAUGUUUGGACCGGCAUUCAAACUUUAUAUAUGCCCUCAGUUGCCAACUUACGUGCAACGGGCUUCACCAACUCAAGGAGUGACGAUGAUGAUGACAGCAGUUGCCCGAGGCCAAACUUUGACUUGGGCAAGGCAGAAGACGUUCAACUCUUGUUACCUUCUGAGAUUUGCAGUCUGGUGCCGUGCGAUCAAAAGCUCCUCGAGGCUGAAUGGUCUCUCCGCAUGGCACAAGCCCAUGAUGCACUCAAUGAGUGCUGUUCUCAUAUCCGCCUCCGUCAUCAACUCAUGCAAUUCAAGCAACAAUAUAUCCGCGGGCAAGGUGCGAAUACUUGUGCAAAGAAGACACUGGAUGCUGUGGAAGACUGUCUUAUCAUUAGUCACGCAAAGUAUAUCAUGUCGACCAUAUUGGCUGGGAAUGUUACGCUGACCGUCGGUCAGCGUGUGCGAACUAGGAUAGGUCUUCUCAGCGACGACUCAAGCGUGGGCAGCGCACCGCUGCGCGGGGAGUCUAGCAGAGCGGGGGCAGGCGUAGGCAGAGCUGGGGCUCCUGUAGGUGUUACGGAUGCCUGUAACAGGGAACGGAAGCUGCAGCCACUCAAGAAGUCCCAUCUCUGGCCCAUGGGGGAUUUCACAGGACAGUCGCAAGGGACUGCAAUCAUGUCUUGGAUCUGGUUGACGUACGGGAUGUCGGAUGAUGAUAGUGAAGGCUUGCAGGAUUCGCUUCACAUUGAAUGGUGUAAAGCCAGGGCGCGUCGUGAUAGGUGGGGCGAAGAAAUUCAGCUUUUGCUGGAAGAGAUGCAACGUAUUCUGCUCUUUCUCGACUGGCAAGCACGUCAAUGGGACGAGCGCACAGGUGCACGAGUACCACAAAGACCUGAAGACGUCAAGGGUGUGGUCGCAUAUGCUAAGAAACAGGUGUUUAUCCGGCACAGCCUAUCCGAAUCGUUCAAGGAGAAAUGGAGGCAGGUUCCGGUAUCGAUGGCUUUGGGCGAUGACGGAGAUGACGGAGAGGUAUAUUUAUAUUCGCUAUUUGUACCUUUGUACCUUGAUAUGGACACUUUGUUUGGUGCAAUGACUUCGUUUGAUGCAGUCCCUGAGCUUCCCUGA